AUUUAGCGCAUGCCAUCGCCAAGGAAAAAUGUGAUUAGUCUUGACUUGCUUUGUGCCUCUGACGAGCGAAGGAAAAGGGAACUGGACUUUUCGUGGCUUUUGGCAGGGGUUCGCUUAGCAGAUCGGACUCAUCACGAACUGCCGGCUCGCCUAUCUUUGCAGGGCCAAUGCAUGCAGGCAUCAUUAUUAAUGAAUGCUUCAGGUACCCGCGGGCAUUGUCGGCCUCGCCAUCCGCAAUGUCCCUUGCAAAAACAGCUGUGCGACGACCGUCAGUCUGUUUGCUGGUGACAAUCCACUUUGUUUCGGCAGCCCCAGUGAUCUUGCGACUCGUGAUAUAUUUUAAAUCGACUUUGUUGACCAAAUUCUCGAGUGGAAACGUAGAUGAGGGGGAUUGGGGUUCGGCGCCAGGUAAACUAGAUAAUCAGUAUGCUGGAUCUAAAUCGUUUCAAAGCCGCCAUUGAUGAAAUACCCACGAAAUCGCCAAUUGCUUCUUGCUUAGCGGUACUUCUAUCUUCGUUGAGUCGCGUUGAAAUGUUCUUCUCUCGCGUACGAUAAGGUCUCCGACUCCGGC